AACUAGCAACAUCGUCCGCCAUGCCAAGUGGUUUCAGUGCAAACAUCAUGAUGUGGCAUAAUGUUGGAAGUUAGGGCCGAUUAGACGCCGGCGACGGCCUUUCCGCGUAAUGUAAAAUAUAAUCGUCGCUUUCUCGUUCAUCGAUAAAUUCGUAUAUUCGUGUAAGCGCUUCGAAUCGUGAAUCGUCUUCGCCGUAGCUCGUUCGCUACGUUAAUGUAUUUUUCCCUCAACUGACUUAUUUUUUGCUGUGGCAACAACGCGAUAAACACGAUGAUGGAACCUGGCGUAAUACCAGAACUCGAAGAAUUAACACUCUGCAGCUUUUGCAAGCAGAAGUUCAACGAUACUGACCUCUGCCCGAAGUUACUAAGUUGCAAACAUUAUUUCUGUCUCAACUGUAUUCAGACAGCUCUAAUGAAAGGCCGAGAGCUCUACUGUGUACAUUGCUGGAAACGAACAGAACUAGGGGAACAAGGAGCUGACUCGUUGCAAACCUACAGUGCUGUUCUCACACUUGCCAAAAACUUCACAUCACUUAAAAUUGGGCCAGGUGGAAGUGGAGGAGCAGCGGUAGUAGGAGGAAAUAAACCUCCUGACAAGGAUCGAAAGGUUGUACCUAGUGAGAAUUGCCAUACACACGGAAUGCCUCUAGCUUUGUGGUGCCACACAUGUUGUGCAGCAAUAUGUCGGGCUUGUGCUACCCAACAAGAUCACCCUGGCCAUCAAGUGAAAUCCCAAGGUGAAGCCAAAGACCAGCUGGUGUCAGAGGUUCACAAUGAGUUGGUUGCCAUGAAUAAGAUGCUGGGAGAAAUUCAACGACUUGCUAUGCAGCAAAGAGAUUUUCUGCUUAAAGUUCUUGAAGCAUGUGUUACGUUAAAGACACAUGUAGAAACUGAUUUGCAAAAUGGUUGGAGCCAUGUUCCUGAAGUUGCUGAGGCACGUGAGACACUUAGCAAAGCAAGAGCAGGUUUAGCUGGAGUUGAUGGGCCAGGUGAUGCGCAUGUUCUGUAUUCGUCGCUGUCAUUAGAGAAACAGCGACUCCAGGGUAAAUAUCAGGAGAUGUACUUGCAGUGCCAACUAGAUGACCUCAUUGGGAAUUCUGCAGUUGUCUUUGACUUUGGCUUGCUGAAACAGGCCUUGGCCAACAUUCAUUCAGGCGAACCUCCAAUGCCUGCAGCUGUACAAGGUCGUAUUCCUCAUGUAGCUGCUGCCCAAAAUCCAAUAUUGUUCCUUGCAAACUACUGUAUGUCACAAUUGUACUCUCGACAUGUUUUGACUAAGCAACAGCAUCAUCAUCUGCAGCAAAACGGCACGGUUGACUAUCAUCAUCCCCCUGUGCACCCAAUUCCUCAUCACCUUGUCAACGCACCACAUCCGCCGCCUCCACAACACGUUAUCGUUGCUCCUCCUCCAACGCCAGUAGGAAAUAAGCCACCUCAAGCUUUACCCUCGGUUCAUCAUUCACAACCCCCACCUCAAACUCCUUAUGCCCAAGAACCAGGUGUUGUUGCAGUUCCUGUUCAAUCUCCUCCACAGAAUGUCGUUCAACUAAAUGUUCGUGGUCCAUCAGGCCCCUACCCUUUGUAUUAUUUCAACAUCGAUGUGAAUGGUUCACCACAUGGUCGAAUUGUCAUAGAAGUUCGUCCAGAUGCUGCUCCCAAAAUGGCAAAAAAUUUUGGAGUUCUGUGCACAGGUGAAAUGGGCGUUAGUUACAAAGGCUGUGCAGUAUUCCAAUGCUGGGAAGGAGAAUCUGUUAUCACCGGGGAUUUUGAGUUGAAUAAUGGGCGGGGUGGCAGAUCUAUAUUUGAAGAUGGCUAUUUCAUGCCAGAUGAUACUAAGUUUCCAGCAGUGAGGGGGGCAGUGGGUAUGCGUCGUACACAAAAGCGACAUGACAACCUCGGUAUGGUUGGAUCCCAAUUUCGCAUCAUUUUGCAAGAGAUGAGAGGAUUUACUGGCAUCUUUGGCCAUGUAGUAGAAGGUCUGGAGUUAGUGGAGAAGAUAUCCACCUUUGGAGAUCAAGCUGGAAAACCAACAAAGACUAUUGUCAUAACAAAAUGUGGCAAGCUCUAAGACGGUUUCUUUUCUGGUCAAAUCAACUAAAGAAUGCUGCACAAUGCAUGCGCUGCUUGAUUCAGAGAAAAGCCUGAGUUUGCAGACAUCAGCUCCACUGAUGGGAGUCCACAUUUGCUGCAAAGUAGAAUGAUAUUCAAUGAAAUGUCAAAGUCAACUUUGAAGCAAGAUUAGUAACUACUACCAAAUCUGCUAAUUUUUGUGGUGUCAUGAAUUGUUAAAACAUUGUGUGUUAUGUAUUAAUUUUGGGAAAUCCAAAAUUAGACCACAACUCAGUGUAGGGCAUUAAGUAGCUGGCGCAUACAAUGUAAAUGCAAGUACAACAAAGAAACAAAAUAUUCUUGUAACAGGAUAUGAAUUGAUUUGAACCAAGUUGACCAUUUUUGUUUAGAGAGCUUCGCUUAUUUUUACCAUGAAUGCACGAAUUUUUUAAAACGAGGAUAAUUCUAUUGUCAAUACAGGCGUAAUGUGUUGUAACCAUGCAUGGUUGUUGAUCUCAAAAUGCGAAAUCACAUGGCCUAACUAGAUAGAAAUUCAACGGCUAACUAAUGAGUGUGUGUAAAUGUGUGUGUGUGCCUAUAAGAAAAGGGUUAUAAUUUUCUUCGCCAGUCACUGUUAAUUUCCUCCCAGAAAAUCUUCCUUCCAACUCGAAAUGUUUUUUGGAGAUCUGUUUUCGAAGAUCGAAAAAAUCGAAGCGUAAAUGUUUUCGCAUUCCUUCACUGUGUCGAAUCAAAAAAAUAUAAAAACGUAAAAAAAAUAAUCGUAAUAUGCCGAAUAAUCGUUCGUCCACCAACAAAUCUUGAUAAUUCACUUCUCAAUGUUUGUUGAACUUGAUCGAAAGUAGUAUAGAUCAGGUAAUCGUCGUUUCGGAAUCGUUAUCGUGAACAUUAGUUUAUUUUUAGAUUGAGAAAUAAAUGUGCGAUGGAUCUACACGUGUUCUGUAUAUUUCUAAACUAAGAAAAAUGAUCGUUGUUCAUUAUAGAUGAACAGGAGGGGCGUAAUUUAGAAUAAUUUUCUGUUGAGGGGGGGGGGGGGGCGAAGAAAUCGUUUUCUUUUUAUAUAUUUUCAGAAGAAACCAACGUUCCAAUGUAAACUUUGGAACAGUUAGUUAUUUGUGAAAAUUAGUUUAUUUUAAGAGGGGCGAAUUAUGCAUGGUUCCGCAAAGUGUAAACAUUAAUUUCAAUGACAGAAAACCUCAUAAUGAAGUUAAAGAGUAAAAGGUUUAAUGAAAUUGUGUUUUGUUAGAGACUUGUGUAUACUAUGUUUUUUUAGUUAGUGAUGAUUAUGCAAGACUGGCAACCUAUUAUCAUUUGAUAAUUUUAAACAUGCAUAUCUUCAAGCAUGUUCUGGAUCUUACAGUUUUGAAUUAGUUUAUUUUUGUGCCCAUGGUUAUGGUGUAAACAUCUGUUAUGUUCAGAUAUAAACUAGUAGAUUAUGUUUAAGAAGUGGACUGAAAUUCUCUAUCCACAGACACAAGAUGUGUUAAUUUUAAUUAUUUCUCCCCUUUUGUUUAUCCUUGUAAUGUGCAAUUUUGAUACUGGGUUGCCUCUCUGAUGUAAAGAACAGUCAAAUACCGUCAGAAAACCAUCCUUAUUUGUGCCUUAUAAUCUUAGCUGCAAAUGCUUCCCUAGUUUUAUGAACGUGGUGUUAUACUCUGUGUAGCGCAUAGAUAGUUAAUUAUUUAAAUAAUUAAAAAGAUGAUCAUUUAUUAUUGAAGUACACACCUUGUUAAACGUCCAAAAAUUUUAAAUAAGUGUACGUUAUGGAAAUUUAAGAACAUAGCAAGUACACAGUUAUUGAAGCAAAAGGUUCUACAUGCUCUUAGUACUUAAAAUCUAUUGCAAGCCUCCUUUCAUCGUUUUCCAGAGCUCUUAUUAUCUAUGUGGGCAUUAGCUUAGAGUGCCAUAACCAUGCCACAUGAUCAAAUGAUUUGUACUAUGGCAGGGACACAUUCCAGUUAGUCGCUCUAAGUAAUAAAAUUGUGACACUGAAAUACAUGAAACGAGGCAAUGUUUACGCCAAAUUGAAAAAGAUUUGUUAUAUUAUUGAAAACGAGAAAGACAAAAUCAUCGGAUCAUCACUUUGCGAUAUCAUUCAUUGCUGCACUGAGGAAGUGCCUUACAAAAGUUUGUGAUAAAACUCAUGUAGCUCCGUUCGAUGGAAAUAUAAACAUCCUAAAGGGAAAA